ACGACAACACUCUUCCUCUCUCUCUCUCUCUCUCUCAACUUUCUUCUUAUGUCCUUUCCCUGACCCGACCCGACAACCACCUCUCUCCAAUACCCACAAACCGACGCCAUUAACGCACUUCUACUUUUCCCUUCAUUUCUGCUUUUCGCAAAUUCCAAACCACACACCAUCCUCCAGAGGUUAGUCCAAGUAAAGAGACUAUCACAUUCACAUUAAUCGCAACACUGGUUUUUUUCUCUUCUCUAUCUUUGAGCACCAUGGAUUCACACAUCUAUGGUGUCUCCAAGCUCUUACUCUUCGUUUUCUUGGUCUCGUUUUCGUUUACCGAUGCUGCAUUGCAGCAAAACCGAUCGUCGUCUUCUAAGUCGCAGCUCUCAGCUUCUUCUGCUUCGGGUCAAAUCAACUCCAACUCUGUCCUCGUCGCUCUCCUUGACUCUCAUUAUACUGAGCUCGCUGAGCUUGUGGAGAAGGCUCUCCUUCUCCAGACUCUCGAAGAAGCUGUCGGCAAGCAUAAUAUUACCAUCUUUGCGCCCAGAAAUGAGGCCUUGGAACGCGGGCUUGACCCCGAGUUCAAGCGGUUCUUGCUUGAACCCGGCAACCUGAAAUCUCUUCAGACUCUCCUGAUGUUUCACAUUCUUCCGAAGAGAAUCGGCGCCGAUGAAUGGCCCGGUGAUAAGUCCGGUUCCAUGAAGCAUCAGACUCUCUGGAGCGACCACCUUCACUUGACCAGCAAGGCAUCCGGGAAGAGAACUGUUGAUUCGGCGGAGAUUGUCCGACCCGAUGACGUCAUCCGUCCCGACGGCGUCAUCCAUGGGAUCGAGAAGCUGCUUGUUCCCCGGUCUGUGCAGGAAGAUUUUAACAAGAGGCGGAACUUGCGGUCCAUAUCUGCCGUCCUUCCUGAGGGUGCCCCUGAGGUGGAUCCACGGACUCAUCGGUUGAAGAAACCGGCUGCACCAGUUCCUGUUGGAGCUCCACCGGUGCUUCCGAUCUACGAAGCCAUGGCACCGGGUCCUUCACUAGCUCCGGCGCCGGCUCCCGGACCUGGCGGACACCAUCAUCACUUCGACGGUGAGAGCCAGGUGAAGGACUUUAUUCAGACCCUGUUGCAUUAUGGAGGCUACAACGAAAUGGCAGACAUAUUGGUCAAUCUCACCUCCCUGGCGACAGAGAUGGGCCGAUUAGUGUCAGAAGGGUACGUGCUAACAGUGCUGGCACCUAAUGAUGAAGCCAUGGCAAAGCUCACCACCGAUCAACUGAGCGAGCCCGGUGCACCGGAGCAGAUUAUCUACUACCACAUCAUACCCGAGUACCAGACUGAGGAGAGCAUGUACAAUGCGGUGAGGAGAUUUGGAAAAGUGAGGUAUGAUACUCUGCGGUUGCCCCAUAAGUUGGUGGCUCAAGAGGCAGAUGGGUCGGUCAAGUUCGGGCACGGCGACGGGUCAGCAUAUCUGUUCGACCCGGAUAUUUAUAGGGAUGGAAGGAUUUCGGUGCAGGGAAUUGAUGGUGUUUUGUUCCCGGAGGAGGAGACUGAAACUGUGAAAAAACCGGCGGCUGUUAAAAUUGCUACCAAGCCAAGAAGAGGGAAAUUGCUGGAAGUAGCUUGUAGAAUGCUUCAAACUAUUGGACGGGAUUCGCAGUUUACUACAUGUCAAUGAAGAUACACAAAUAAAGUCUCAAGAUGAACAUGAAACCCUGUAAACAGUCAAAGAGUUGUAGGAAGAAGAAUCUUUUGGUGUAAUAGAAGAAAGAAAGGGAUCGCUUGUAAUGGCUUGAUUUCCUGAAAAUCCCAGAAAGCAGAUAAGGGAGAGCUUGUGGGUUUAUUUUGUUAUAAAUACUGUAAUUACAUAUCAUUUUUUAAUUAUUUCAUUAUGUAAGAUUCACUGUCACUGUAUGCAUGAACAACCAUGUAAGUCUUUCUUCCUGUUAUUCUUCAUAUCACGGGUUAUGUCCUUUUUUUUUUUGCCAGUUUGUGCAUCGGAUGCUUGUGAAUCAAAUUUGGACCUUGUCUA